AUGUUCUCUCCUAAAAACGGCGUUUGGAAUCAUUUAUGUCUGGUAUGGAAGAACAUUCCAGGAACCUACUCAUUCUUCAUUAACGGCACAGAAGCGAUCAGCGGAAUAUUGGUGGGGCAUCAAGGGCCCUAUUUGUCUUAUCUCUCGAUUCCAGCCGACGGUUUGUUAGUCAUUGGUGGAAAAAAGACUGCGGCUCACAUGGAAAAUCCGUUUGUGGGAAGAAUGACAUGCUUACAAAUGUGGUCCUUUUCCCUUACGGAUACUAUCAUCAAAGCGUUAUCUCAAAAGAAAAGAUGCGAAAAAUACUCUAAUCCAUUGCUUAACUGGAAUGAGGUGAAGAGCGGAAUAGCGGUUGGCAACGUGCGCCAGGAAGUUCCAUCCUCAGUUACACAGCCGAAUGUUGGUUAGAAAACACCCGUCAUAUUUUCUUACAUCGGCUGAUAUUUUUAUUGAAAUCCUACAGAGGGAUUAGGGGGAGGGGGAAGCGGGGUUCGAACCCAUGCCCUUUUAUACCGACCUUUGCUUACACAAGCAGCAAUUCCUCCUUCGCUCUGACGAAGGGUUAACGCUUGAAACGUCAGCUUUUAAACUCUUUAUGGUGGUCAAUUAACGAUAUCAACUCAGUUAAUGAUACCAAAUUACCCUACCUUUACACUAGAGCACGAAAUCUAUGAUCAAGUCCUUAAGAUAGUCAAUGUAAAUGCUAAUAAAAAUAAAAAAAAAAAACAACCGAACGAAUCUGUUGAACGAUGUAACUAGAAUAUACGAUUGCUAAUGUUUGUUGAUGGAUUGUUGCAUCUGUAACUAGCGUUUGAUUAUACAACUCUCACUUAGGAAUAACUGGCUCUCCCAAAAAAGUGCUUCCAAUUUUUAUUUUUCUAAUUUCAGUGUCGGAGGAGGAUUUCGAUGUACAGUUCGCUCCUGAAUCAACUGGGAGUUACGUGAUGAAAGAGACGAUAACAGGUCUUCAACUUUCUUCCCUGACCGUGAGCAUGUGGUUGAAGAAUGACAAAUGUGAUUCAAAACACACCAGUUUUGUUUAUUCCACUACCGACUAUGAUAGCGAGAUUUCGUUCAAACUGGAAGGAAUCACGGCAAUCCAAGAAUGCAAGCUGAGUAUUAUCAUGAAAAAUUAUGUGUAAGUUAUCUUUUUCUAACCCAAUUUGUACGUAAAUUUAGAGGGGUGUUUGUUACAUGCCCGUUCCAGGCGUUGAGUAUGUAAACUGGGCGCGAUAAGGACUGCGGCGACCCGACACAUGGCCCCUUUGUAUGCUUGCAUCUUUUUCCGUAACAUAAUUACCAAUUUAGCGCUUGAGAAAAGCUUCUUUCCUGUUGCAAAUAUAGCUAUUGCUAAUAAUCAGACACUCACAUAAAUAUUUACGAUUUGUAGUUCACUAAAGUGCUGGUACACAAAACACAAUAUUAUGAAAUAUAGGAUGGGAUCAAACCUCCAAAAUGUCUGCUUGCCUAAUCGAAACGUUCCCUAAUUUCUACAUAGUCAGACAACAUUCAAGUAAGCGCACGCGUUAUACCGGUCAUAUUUUGAAGUGUUUUUAUGCAUAACGACGAAAUCAAAGAACGACACCAACGUCCUAUCAUACUGGGCGAAUAAAUUUGGUCAAUGAAGGAAUUUUCUUGUGGCGAAAGAUUUCAGUGCUGGACACAUUGAUGAAAAUAAAUCUCGCCGCCCUUUGCUCUUUCCCGAGUUUGUGUAAGACAGGGAGAUGUAGACACAGAACUUGAGAACAAAGUAUGUAAGCUGGCUACCUGCACUUUUCCCCUCCAGUCAAUCCUGAGCAGGAAAAAGGAAUCAUUUCUCCUGUUCAUCAAAGACAAUCACAAGGAGGAUUCGUUUCAUUUCGCAUGUUAACAAAAACAGAUGGGCAAUGUUGACUGAUUGAAAUUCACUAAAUAGAGAGAAACGUCAUUCUCGGGAAGGCGACCCGUUAAAUGAAGAGAUGUUGCUAUUUUUAACUCUAAUGCCCCUGAUGACGACUUCUGCCCGGGAUUGUCGAUAAAGCAUCAUUCGCUGCCACCUUGAAAAGUUAAAUAGCAUCUCUUGAAAGAUCCAGCCACGAGAUCGGCAGUAUAUAUGAAUUUACCGAAACCAAGGAAGAUCUAACUAUGAGAAUCAAAGUGCUCUGUGAGCAAACUCGUGAAUUGACACAUGAUUUUUUAGAUUAUGUUUAAUGUUAUCUGGUUUAGGGAAUUUUGUGGUUGAUUGUCAUAUCUAGAGUACGAGCAGUAGUUCAGUGUUCGCUAAUGUAGCAAAGAAACAAAGUAACGUUGGGAUAAGAAGGCAUUACCAUUGAAAUGAUCAUGCUAUUACAUUUGACAAGGUGGAUGAUGUCAUGUGUUUUAAACGUCUAUCAUUUUUGUUUCUGGUUUAAAAGAAAAGGUUGAAAGUAAAUGUGGGUGAAAAGUGAGAUUUACUGUCUUUCGUGGUAAAUAUUAGAAAAUCAAGGCAAUACUGUCUUAAUGAAAACAUUAACGAUUCCCUCUUUAUCAAAAGAGACAAACGGGAACGAGUUUUGAGGGAUAUAACUAAGCCAAGCCUGCCACCGUCAUUUUGGAUCUCCGCCUGGGUAGAUUUAAGUCACGUGCUAGGCAACGUAUAAUCAAUAACAAGAUAGAAUUUCAUUUCAGGCCUAUUUACCAAUUUUGUGGUGUGUAACUUUCGCAUUUUAGUACGUUGUAUGUAUGUUGAAUCUUCAAAUUGUCUUAAAACUUAAAAGAAAAUUGUUCUUUAAAAAUUCACUGAAAAUCGGUAGAUAAAAUUGUUUGUUUAGGGGUUAUUUGAUUUUCGUGUUAACUUGUUAUUUCGUCAGUCGCCGGCAUCUUCUGUUGCUUCACACAGGAAAAACACACGCGACGAAACGUAAUGAUCAAUUUUGUCCUCAAUCUCACGCUAUAACAGAAAAAGCUUUUGAACAUCUGUAAACUCCGAGCGCUUCGCAGUAAGUGAUAUUUUCAAUGAAUCUUCGGAUUGUUUUCAAGUUCAAGGAUUGUAAAUUACAAUUUUAUGAAAAACGAAGGUUGUUCUGUUAUUUCAGUGUGAAUCCUUGCAUGCCUGCCAGUCGCUGGCGCCGCUUGUUGAAACUAAAACGUAAAAAAAAACUCUUUUAAGAUUAUAAUUGGCUUCUUUUUCACCCCACCACUAUUCUUAGCGACAAAGGUCGCCAUUUCGUCUGUUUAUUGCUCGCCAAAAACUAUCAAAUGCACUCAAAAGCCUAAAAUCUAAAAAAAGUUUACAGGAAUCGACCAAUCGAGCGAGCGAGCGAGCGAAUGCCAUUCCCCACAUCGUACCUAUAACUCGCUCUUGCGCAUGCGCGCAAUUCACGAGUUAAAAAUGGUAUCAAUUGUAUGAUUUUGAAGAAGAAAUAAUUUCACCUUAUUUUUUUUCCAAAAUAUCACCUGCAGGUUAGGUUCGAAAUAUAUUGGACUGGAUUCAUCCCGCUGGCAUUUUGUCGCUUUUGCAUGGAGAAGCAACGACGGAAAUUACAUUUUCGUGGUCAACAGUUAUUCAGACUUGGGGCUUAGAAAGUUUGAGGGCAAGACUAUUGAAAGCGGAAACAUCCUGAUUGGGCAGCAAAGUGAAAACGUAAACUUAGAGAAUCCAUUUUCUGGACGAAUUACUUGUUUGCAGAUGUGGAAGACGUUUCUAAGUAAGGAGCAAAUAGAAGAAAUCUACAAAGGAAAUGGUGCUAAAGAUGGCAAAUGCCAGACCAACGACGACUCCUACAGAUUCUUAACUUGGGCGCAGGUGAAAACUGCGAACACGAAAGGCGAGGUGACGUUUCAUUGGCCAUCAGAGUUAAUUUGA